AUGUUGCCAAGACGGAGAGAAUGGUCCAAGGAUGUGGCCUCACGGUUGUUUGCGCAAGCAAACCAGUUUCUUCCAGAGUGCGCAAGCAAAGUUGAAGUCUAUCGUCGACACGCUGCUCAGUUCCCAGGGUGGAGUGUCGAAGGCAUAAAGAAGCAAUUGGAGAAGAUGCGCUGGCCGAGAUGGUGGCCUAGUUCGGACGCGUUGCUUUGGGACUCACCGGCGGUGCUCCGUGUUCCUCCAGUUUUGCUUCCUGAGGUUAGUGCGGAUUUGACGGAAAGCGACCUGGUGCCCGAUGGGAUGACCAAUAACCGGGAUCCAGAUCAAAAUGAAGCGCCCCUUGAGCCAAACAUCAUGCAGUUCUCUUAUGAGGAGCAUACCGCUCAUUCCUGGAGGGUCUGUGGUAUGAUUCUGACGUAG